ACAAACCAAAUAAAAAAAUAGACAAAGCCGGAGAAUCCUAGAAACUCCGAAAUAAUCCUGACUUUGCCUCUACCAUCAUGAAGAUUUGAAAAGUGGAGUUCUUCCUCCAUGUGAACAUGGACAAGUAAAGAUGGAUAGAAGGAGCAGCAAUUAGCUUAAUACUAAAGUCAUUCUAUUUUUCGAAUUUAUCGGUUCAGACUUCAUAUCUAAUAUUCAUUGAAUUUUUUUGAGUUUUUAGUAUAACAUUAUAUUCUACGCCGGAAGCAGUGGGCUUAGUUUGUAUGGAAAAACAAUGUUGCUUUAUUAAAAUUUAACAAAGAAAAUGAAUGGUUGACUUUUCUUUACACCUAUGCUUUUUUUUGUUUAUAAAGAGGUUGAGAACAACAUUGAGAGUCAAGAGAAAUAAGGAAAACAUCAUGGCUAGUUUUGAUAUUCCAACUAUUGAUUUUUCUCCAUUAUUUAGCACAGACGAAAACAAUCAAGAGAAAAAGCAGGCUAUGGAGCAAAUUGGAGAAGCUUGCGUUAACUAUGGUUUCUUCCAGAUUACGAGUCACGGAAUUCCUUUGGAGUUGUUGAGCAGAACCAUGGAUAUGUAUGAGACUUUCUUUGCUUGUUCAGAUGAAGAAAAACUCUCUCUACCUCAUAAUUAUAUGAAAAGCAAACAGAAUUCAGCUGAGACUUGGGAGCAUUUGGUGUUUAAUUUUUCAUCCUCUGGCUUUGAUUUCUGCCCCGACAAUCCACCUCAUUUCAAGCAAGUAUUGGAGGAGAUGGCUUCCCAUUUCACAAAAUUAGGAGUUUUGUUGGAGGGAAUCAUAAGUGAGUGCCUGGGCCUCCCUCCUGACUUCCUAGCAAACUACAAAAGUGAUCGGUCUCCGAAUUCGUUGAUGGGCCUCCACUACUUUCCAGCAACAGAAGAUGAGAACACAGGAAAACCCGCACACGAAGAUCCUGGCUGCUUCACCAUUGUCUACCAGGAUGAACUUGGAGGCCUUCAGGUACAAAAAGAUGACCAGUGGAUUCCGAUUGCGCCUUGCAAAGACAAACUAGUUGUUAACAUUGGUGAUGUGAUUCAGGUGCUAAGCAACAAUAAGUUCAAGAGUGCAACUCACAGGGUUAUCAGACCAAGAGAAUUAAACCGUUACUCGUGCGCGGUUUUCUAUAACGUGCAUGGAGACAAAUGGAUUGAGCCAUUGACACGGUUCACUAAGGAAAUUGGAGAGUCACCCAAGUACAGACGAUUCCGCUUCAGAGAAUAUUUGCAGCUGAGGCUUAGAAACAGGACUCAUCCUCCGGACAGACCUGAAGAUCUCAUCCAUAUAACCCACUACUCAAUUUCUAAUUAGAGGCGAAUUGAAGUUUAUGUGAUCGAGGAUUUUUUUUCUAUGUUGAAUGAAACAAAUACUAUGUUGAAAUGUGGAGUUUUGAAAUGUGUGACAAUUUCAUUAAAAUAUUUAUGGCAAAAGAGUUAAAUAUACACUCGGAUUGUAU